AUGGCCAACUUUCCAUUCACAAGUUACGCUUCCUAUGUUGCGGAGCUCGCCAAACUUCAGCCCGAAUUCCGUUGGCUCUCAUGUUUCUUUUCCCAUCCUGGCGGGCAUCCUGCAGAAACCCAAGUUUUCAUACUUGACAGCGCUGGAUCCCAGCUAGAUAAGAGAGAACUCCAGUACAAGUUGAAAUCAGACAUUGCAGUGGCUCUAACCGACCGUCCGGACCAAGUAACGACAAGAGUCGUUAUAGUGAGAUAUAUACAAACAUGGUCGAUCGAUCGCAAAGUUGUUGAAGCUCUAGGAGAGCACUUUGACCUGAAGCCUAUCUUUUUUUGGCAAGUUUUUGACCAUUACUAUGCAAAAAACGACAGGUUACGACCGCCCGAUAUGGCUGAUAGACACCAAACGGGCACAUUGUGGACCUUUCCUGUACCAAGUGAGCAAAAAUCUUUGGAGGCUUGCUUUGUCGAUGCCAGCCUGAACGCCACAUUCGUCGCUUGCCACACUCAAGGCGAUCAGAUCAAUGCCCCUCGGAACACCGUUAUCAUCUUUUUGCGAGAUCCCAUGCUGUGUCAGUCUGCGGUAGACAUAGAAGGAUGCCCGUCGCCAUUUCAGCUGGCACACGCUCUGAGCACGUCAGAGACGGCAGAGUUCACUCAGAAAACACUAGGCACCCGGUAUCUCGCACAGCUUGAACGUUUGCCCCCAGAGACAAUCAGCUCUGCGAAUUGCAACCCCGUUGAGUUCACCUACCCUUACCUCCACUUGCUCGCAGUUGAAGUUUUCUAUCGAAUCCAACACCAGAGCUUCGUCCUUGAGGCGGAGUAUUAUGAGGGUGCAAGCGCCAAAGCCCAAACAAGAAUCCUCGAAGAGAGCUGGGCAAUCUUUCACGACAUACGGCUUUAUAUGCGGAAUACUCGAAGCACCAUGACUCGAUUUCUAGACCCAAAGUCCCCAUCCGCAGACGCACUACUUCAGGAUUACAAACAUCUCGUCGGGCAGCUUGACCUAGUCCAGAGUGAUUUGAAAAGUUACGUCGAACGUCAUUUGAACACACUUGCUCUGGAAGACUCUAAGCAGAGUUUUGAGCAAGCAACUGCCGUUAACCGCUUGACGGUAUUAGCCUUUGCCUUUGUCCCGCUUAGCUUUAUAGCCACUGUUUUUGGCAUCAUAGGUACCGGGACGACAAAGCUUUGGAUCUUUGCUGUGGCAGCACUUAUUUGCGAAAUCAUGGUCCUCACGAUUCUUGUGUGCGCGCUCAGAUGGAAAGAUGGGUCAAGGGCCUGGCUUAUGGAGACAAGCGGUGGCCCAGGGCUUUUCCGCUGUUUCUCAUCAUUGGCCAAAGUCUCUCUGAAAGAAGCCUUUGUUCUUCUCGCCUUUGCCGCAGUGAACAAGCCUGAACAUACAAGGUUCUUUUGUCAAGCAGUCCGCAGGGACAUUCUCGGAGAAUGGAAGGAACGUGAUGAAAACGACUAUCCAAACCCACCUCCGAGAUCUGAACUUUCACUGCCACCAGACCUACCACAUAGAUAUAUGUGGGAAAAACGAGCGCAAAAAAUAAAUUCGCUUAUGGUGAAUUCUAACAAAAUGAAGAAGGAUGAUCUCGGGACUUUACACAUCGCCAUAUAG